CCCCUUGCCUCUUCUAACUUUCCCCCUUUAUACAAUACUUGUCUCCAACCCAACUCUCCCUGCCUCUUCUAACUUUCCCCCUUUAUACAAUACUCCUCCUCCACUCUAAAUAAUUCUAAACAACACUUGAAAGUUACAACCUAAAACUUUUACCUUCAAAAAUGCAGCCGGGACAAAAUGAGCCAGGUAAGUUUAUGUACUACCAAUGCAUCCCUUGUGAAAAACUCUUCCCUUCAAGCCAAGCUAUAGCUGGCCAUUCGAAGAGACACUUAAAGAAUGGUUGGGUUAAAGGAACUCAUCAUAAAAAGGUGUUUUUGCAAGAGGGUUCUACCACCAAUUCAUCAAUUCCCCGGCACCAACAACAACAACAUGUUUUUUCUACGGUGGCAUCUGAUACUGAAUCGACAAAUGUCCAUCAUUUGUCAAAAGGUGAUCGUGGCCAGAAUUUUGAAAACCCGGUGGCACAGUCCCCGUCAUCUUUAGCUUCGUCAUCGGCUCGCCGUAAGCAUCGCUUGGGGGUUCGGGACCAUAAGAUUCUUGCUAGGCUCAAGGGUUGUCUUACCAACGAGGAGGAUGAUACCAUCAUGCGACUUGUUGAGACUGCUAGGAAACAGACCAAAGAAUCAAGCAAGAAGAGCAUUGAGAUGGAGGUGAUCCCAAACAAGGAUUUAGAAGCACCACCCGUGAUUAGAAUUGACAACAAAGAUGUUAUCAUCGUUGAGGACUCGGAUGAUGAGUCCAACAAUAUGUGAUCAUCAUAUGGCUAAAGCAUAUGAUAUUGUUUCUUGGUUUUUUUUCUUACUAAAGCUUUUGAAAAGUUUUGUUUUCAUCCUGAGAUAUUAUCAAGAUAUUAUCAUAGUUAAAUAUGAUUUUGAAAUAUUGUUAUCGAAUUAUUAGUGAAGUGUUUUAUUAAAUGGACAAUCUCGAGGCUUUUUAGACGAUCAUUCAAGAGUGCUCAUGUUAAACAAGGGACAUCCCUUAUCCCCUAUGUUAUUUGUGAUUGUUGUUGAGGCGUUGUUUAGGAGGCCUUGAUUCCAAUUUAUCAUAUAAUAGAAGAUAAUUUUGCAUA